GGUUCAUAGAUAAGUUAGCGUGGUUCAGAAGCAGACGUAAUUUUCAAUUCGCAAUAAUUUUUGGAUAUAUGUGUUUAUAAGUGAUUAAGUGAGAUUCGUGCAUAUAACUGAUACUUGUGAAAUUGGCUCUAAAACAUUGCCAUCAAAUAAGCGUAUAGACGCUGUUUUUGCGUAUAGACGCAGUAUUUUAAAACUGUCUAAACAGUGUUUGCAGUAUGAGUACUGACAAUGCAGAUAACGUUUCUCCUGGAAAUGAUGAAAGGGAGAGGGGCGACAGUAGUGACAAUACGAGCAUAGUCGCCAUGAUGAAAGAAAUGCAGAAGAAUAUUGCAUCUCUGACAUCGACAGUUUGCGAACUUCAACAAAAAAGGGGUAAAAAACGAAAGGCUGAGGAUGACAAACCAGGACCUUCAGGUCUAGAUCUCAGUGAUGUGUCAGAAGACGAAGAUGGCGGGAAAGAUGAUUUAGAUGAGUUACUGGAAGAAGUAAAUAAAGAUGUAGACAGUGAUUGUGACGACAUGCUAGACGGACUGGUGGAAUGUUUCGGUGGCGAAGAUAAAUGUAGUGAGGCGAUAAAUGAAAAACUAGCAAAAGGAGCCAAUGAUGGUCUUCGCUCAAUUCUGGACGCAGACAAAAUCAAAGAGUUAAGUGAAAAAUACAACCGACCAAAAAACGUCCCAAAUAUCGUUACACCAAAAUUAAACGAAGAAAUCCGGGCGCAGUUAAGCCGGAAAAUGCGUAGUCAGGACAUUCGACUACAGAGAACUCAAACCCUGCUCGGGAAGGCAAUUGUACCUGUGUUACAACAAAUUAACUUGCUAGUUAAAUCCAAACAAAAGGGCGAGAUGCCAUCAAGGAAGGAACUCUCAAACCUGGCUAUGGACGGGCUUAAACUCAUGGCUGUUGCGUAUUGCGACUUGUCAAAUAGAAGACGGGAAUUGAUUAUCCAACCGGAGAGAAACGAAGAAUUUCGCACAUUAUGCUCAAAUGAACAUCCAGUUACAGACAAACUGUUCGGCGACGAUCUGGGAAAGAGAGUAGAAGAUAUAGUCAAAGCAAAUAAAGUGGGAGCUAAGAUCUCCGGACACCAAAAGUUUGAUAAACGCGGAUAUCAGAACCGCAAGUUUCAGCAAGGACAGAGGUCUUCCUCAAGUUACAACCAACACUACAGAACCCAGAAUUUUUUAGGCCAACGCUGGGGUCCCCACUACAGAAAGAAAACGACGACGACGAACAAGCAAAAGAAAUAAGCCAGAGGAAUCUUCAAAACUUUGAUGGGAUCAGUGCUGCAGAAAAUUACUACCGACAGAGCAGAGGCGAUAGUAAUUGCUCCAAUAUGGCCGACACAGCAUUGGUUUCCAC